GGUCUCUGAGUUCUAUAGGGCCCCUAUGAGGGUCUGGGUGUCACUGGAUGGUUCUGUGGGAUUUCUGGGUCCUAUAGAGUCUCUAUGAGGGUCUGGGGGUCACUGGAUGGUUCUAUGGGAUCUCUGGGUCCUAUAGGGCCCCUAUGAGGAUCUGGGUGUCACUGGAUGGUUCUAUGGGAUCUCUGAGUUCUAUAGGGCCCCUAUGAGGGUCUGGGUGUCACUGGAUGGUUCUGUGGGGUCUCUGAGUUCUAUAGGGCCCCUAUGAGGAUCUGGGGGUCACUGGAUGGUUCUGUGGGGUCUCUGAGUUCUAUAGGGCCCCUGUGAGGGUCUGGGUGUCACUGGACGUUUCCUUUUGGGUUCCUCUGGAGUCCAGACUUCUUGUAAGGUCACCAUAAAGGGUACAGGGGUCAGGUCCAGCCUCCCUCUAUAUGGGGCAGCCAGAAGGGCUCUGCAGAGCCCCAUAGGUGCCCCUCUGGCCCUAUAGAUGUGCCACGGGGGAGGCCUGGCAGGAGAUCAUGCUGGCCAGCCUUCCCGGCAAGCGCUGCGACCCCGAAUCGGACGCGGGACCCGGCGAGGAGUUCACCUGCGGCAGCAACUUCGCCAUCGUCUACUUCAUCAGCUUCUUCAUGCUCUGCGCCUUCCUGAUCAUCAACCUCUUCGUGGCCGUCAUCAUGGACAACUUCGACUACCUGACACGGGACUGGUCCAUCCUCGGCCCCCAUCACCUGGAUGAGUUCAAGCGUGUCUGGUCCGAGUACGACCCAGCUGCCAGGUCUGUCACUGUCACCCCCCCCUCACCGUCACCCCGCUGUCACCGUCACCCCU